AUGCCACAACACGACCUGACCAGCAGAGAGGGUCUGCGCCCCGACAGCCAACAGCUCGCCAAGACGGAUCUGAACGCUUCCGCGUCAAACGUCAACGAGGCCGGCAGGCAGACGGCCUCCCUCUUCCUCGGGCUCAGUGUGCCCACGGUCUCCUUCCUGCGCCGGCACAGCUGCGACGCCGCCGCCGCCGCCGCCGCCGUCGCUGCCAACGACGUCGACGUCAACGUCAACAUCAACGUCGACGACCGUCGGCCGUCGGCCUCCGACCUGUCCGGGCUUGCGCGGCGAGUCGUGCCGUUGUUGCGCAGCCAAGCGCCGUCGAGCGGCUCGAGCCGACGCAGCAGCGACCAAUGCGACCGGUUCGAGUCCGGCGCGGCGCCGGCUCCGCUGGCCGGCGGGCGCCGACUGCUCGGCGAGACGGCCGGCCUCGGCGGUUCCACCAGCCUCCUCACCUCUCGCGUCUGCGAGGGCCCCUUCCUUCAGUUCGCCCCCAGCGCCGGCGCCUCGGGGCUCGCCGGUCGGCAGAUGUCAACUGGCCGGUUGGCCUCGACAACUGGGCUGGCCGGUGUCGAGGUGGCC